AAUUAGCGUCUCCCUCCCUAAAUCUUCGGCCCUCUGCAAUUAACCUCCCACCGUACGUCCGCAUUCCCCGCCUCCGGCACUCCGCGUGGUUCCUUUCGCCCAUAUAAUCCCCGCGCUCUAAAUGCAUUCUCUGUCGGAGACGAUCCUCCAAAACUACUAUUACGGCGGCCAUCACAACGACGACGGCGAGAUUAAUAAGAAGUCGACCGCCAUCAGGAAGAAGAAGAAGAACAAGGGGGAGGAAUUAGGGUGGAAAAGAAAGGGCGGCAAAGGACGUGACAAGAACCAUAAACACAUAUGGUUCCUGUCAUGUGGUAGACAGCAAUCUCUAAUAGAUUAUUAUUCGGUGGAAUUGGUCAACGGCGGCGUCGGAGGAGGAGGAGGGGAUCGUUCGUGUUCGGUGAAAGCUUCGGCGAUGGGAGAAGAUGAUCGGAGAGAUGGGUCGUUGUCGUCGUCGUCGUCUUAUGCGCCUUCCUCGACGACCACGACGGCGUUUGCCACCGCCACCACGACGGCGACGAGUACGACGAUGCCGUCGCCGGACGGCAGUAGAGGAGGAGGAGGAGGGAAGCCCAAGAAAGGAUUGAAACGGUUCCCUCGCGUCUUGAAAGCCAUUCUCUUCGAGACCUCUCUGGCCAAGAAAAUUCGAAAGAGAAAGAACGCACAGAAAGGAGGUGGCAACGUCUACGCGACGACAGCUGGAACCGUGGACCCCACAAAACCAGGCAGCGAACGAGAACCACCAAUCCCAAACAAAAACGGCGCCGUAGAACUCAAUUCGUCGACCGCACCAUUGGCCGCCGUCGGCAGCAUGUCAUCAACCACCGUCGCCGGCAGCAACAACUCGAGUUCCUCCGUCGGCAGCAACCUGCCGCAGGAUGCGGCGGCGCCCGGGGAGAUCAUUCAGAAUGACGGGAAGAUUAGUAGUCCGACGACGGCGGCGGGGAAAGGGCGGUACAGCUCCAACGUGGGGCUGUGUUUGGUUCUGGUGAGCCUUGUGGUGUUGGUGCUCUGGGGGAAGAUAUGUGCCAUUAUCUUCACGUCCACGUGGCUGUUUUUCGUGCCGCGUUGCAUUCCGGGCACCGCCGGCAGCCUGUCGAGGAUCGGUGCGUAUUACAGGAAGAUCGAGCCGGAGGAGUACAAGAAUUAGAUUUGUGUCGUUGUAACUUGUAUUGUGUCAUUCCAGGGCAAACAUUAGAUUUGUGACGUGCAAAGUAGAAUUUAUUAAUUAACGGUUGAAAUUUGUAUAGGUUUUGGUUUCCUAUCUGCAUACAUACAACUAAUCGAAUUAGGAUUUCAUUUUCCAAUAAAUAUUGUUCGUGCAUUUUUACAUAGUGCAGGU